CUUCGAACUCCUGUGUCUGAGUCCGGCUGGGAUGAUCACAACUUGUCACGGGAGGAAGCUAUUUCCUUGAGCAUGAUUUCAAGUGCAGCACAAGGGCUAGCAUGGUAUAAAGCACGGUCUGCCUGGGAGAAGUGCAGCCAAGCGAAGACACCGUUGUACAAUUCUGCCAUGCACGCUGCUUAUCGUUGCGGGCAGUAUGGCUACGGAAGGAGCAUAUUUCAGCGAAUGUGCAAGAAAAACUUACCCAAAAACUCGAUCACCUUCAACUGUGCCAUUCGACUUUUCGUGCAAUCGAAUGAAGCCGACAAGGUGUUCCAGCUGUGGGAUGAAGCAAAGAGCCAAACCGACUCCUGGGAACCUCGUCAGAUUUAUUUGCUGAUGAGCGAAAUGGUUAAUGCCAUGGGUGACUUUGGCAACGUUACGGGGGUCAUUACAUUCCUGGAUCUGAUCCUGAAGGAAGGCCUUGAGAUCGAUGAAGGGACUUGGGGCUCAGCGCUGAACGGCUGCAAAGUCGCAGGCAAGCCACACACAGCCAAGUACUUCUUGGAGGAAAUGAGAUCGAGAAGUGUGCCCAUCAACCUCAUUCACUACACACAUGCCAUGGCCGCACAUGCCGGCCGAAAUUUGGAAAACAUCACGGCGUUCGCAGAGAAGGUGAUGCUGACCGGCAUUGACAUUGACGCGUAUUUUGCGGAGAUGCAUGUGGCAUCAUUAAUGGGGAGCCUAAGAAGCACGCAUGAGACAAAGAACAUGGCAGACGUUCGCAGAGUCGUUUCCAAGGCGCAGCCUUCACAGGUCGCCGAGGCGCUUCGAGUUGUCGAGGCUUCCACUUCCAAAGGCAUGAAGUUGACCCGACUUACACGGCGUUUCCACCAGGCUUUACUGGAGGCGCCAGCCGGACGAAGGUAG